CUUUAUCAGUUUAUUUUAUUGAUCCCUUAAGGGGGGAAAUAUUUUUAAUUCAAUGUGUUUUAGUAUUUAGUUCAAUUACAAUUCAGUCAAACUAAAUCAUUUGUUACAAAAGUUAUAACUUUAACAAAACGUAAGAAUCAAUUUGACUUUAGAAUCUAAAAAAUAUCUAAAGACAUAAACAUAUUAAUAAAGCACCAACAGAUGAAAUACAAAUAGAGAAUAAGGUCAAGUGUGAUUAGAGUUAUUGUUUAUAUAAAUAUUACUCUGAAUGGACUUUGCUCUGACUGACUAAGCACGUGAAGAACRACUCCAUUUGAACAGAAAGAGCCUUCCAUCAGAACCAGAACCAGAACCAGGCUGGGUAUUAGAGCAGACCAAGCAGGAAGCAGACAUGGAAAACAUGGCCGCUUUGUUCAAAGAGUUAUUUUCAUGUAGAGUUUAAACAAAGAGCGCACACAGAGCUCGUUUCUCUCCACUGUCGCCUCAUGCUUGCUCAUAAUACUUGAUGCUUUUUUACACAGAUAAACUUUUACCAUUUGACAUUUUAAACUUAAUGUAGUUCUUUGGUCACAAGAUAAAUGUGUAUAGUUUAAUUCUAAUAAAUCCAGAUGACAUGACUGACUUGAUUUUCUUGUAUAUAUUUCUGUUGCGUCUGUCUGAGGUGCCUCUCUCUCUCUCUCUCUCUCUCUGUCUUCGUGCCAGUUGUUCCUGUCUGUUGCCACCCAGAGGGCAGCCACCGUCGGGGUGUCUGCAGCUUGUUGCCCUCCAAGAAGCAGCAGCAGUAAACCGGAGAUCAGCUCUCCUUACAGCUGUCUGUAAAUUUAGACUGUCAGAACCAGACAACUGGAGGAGCCAUGGAGCCCAGGCGUUGCUUUGGAAGCUGCGCUGGAUGUGGGGAAGCCGUGUUGGCUGCUGGAGGAGCCUGCCAGGCGAUGGGACGUUUAUUCCACAACACAUGCUUCACSUGCAGCGUUUGCAGCAAACAGCUCAAAGGACAGCCGUUCUUCACCGUGUCGGGACACAUUUACUGUGAGGAUGAUUUUUUGUUUUCUGGAGUUCACCCAUCUGAAGAAACGUGUUACAGUUGCGGAAGUUCAAUCACAGAUUUGACGGGAGCUGCAGGGUCAGGCCUUUGCUGUGGAUUCAGACUGCAGGGUUUACUGUGUCACCGACUAUCACAGGGUCCGGUCUCCCCUCUGCGGUGCCUGCAGGAUGCCGAUACUGCCCACAGAGACUCCGUCCCCUGGUCCGUGGCCUUGAAGGACAGUUCUGUGCUCUGGGCUCUUUUUGUGGAUCUGUCCUUGCUGGCUCUCUUCGUUGCCCAACACAGCCUGAUGGCCUCGGCCCCGGUCAAACGGGCCCUGCAGUCCCAGCUGGGGGCCCUGAACAGGACAGCUUACUGCUUCUCUACUGCACUCGCCCUCCAGUGCCUGGAGCUGGCCGUCAUCCUGUGGCUGCUGCCGGCCUUUCCCCUGGACAGGCUCCUGCUGGCCGGCACGCUGUCGGCCUACGUCGGCAUGGCGCACUCUCUGGACAAACAGGAUUUAGCCUACCUCUGUGGCCAGUUUAAAGGCAAGGUGUGGCUGUUAGCGGAGCCGCUAGGCGGCGCGGAGCAGAACGGCAGCAGCCUCAAGGAGAAGGAGGGCUAAAGGGAUCCAGGGCUGCCUUCAUGUUUCACAGCUAGAUGUUACACUACUGAYAUAUUUGUGUUUACCACAUUUUAUGUUUUUAAAAGAUAAAUUAUUCUUGAAAAACUGUCGUGCUCUAUAUUACUGCUGGAUAAAAGAAGAAGAGAAGGUCUG